GCGCGACAGUCACCAGCCUAGCUCGUUAGUUAACACAUCUUUAUUAAUUUAUUUGACCGUUUUGUUGCGAAAUUGAAAAAUGUAGUUUUCAAAAGACAAAGUUACACUUCGUAAACGCAUUAGUCUAUGCGAAUUUGUCUUGCGUCUUAAUUGUUGAAACGCUUCAUUUGCCGCCUUUUAUUGUAACUACCCUGCUUACGUUAGCUUCCCCGAAGACAUUUGCUAUUGUUGUUGCCUGGGAUAGCAAGCUACAGUAACAGCCCAAAAUGACUUCAGCCUCUACUAAGGUGGGAGAAAUCUUCUCUGCAGCAGGAGCAGCCUUCACCAAGCUGGGUGAGCUUACCAUGCAGCUGCAUCCAGUAGCUGACUCUAGCCCUGCAGGAGCCAAAUGGACAGAGACGGAGGUCGAGAUGCUGCGGUCAGCUGUGCGGCGCUUCGGUGAUGAUCUGAACAGUAUCAGCUCUGUGAUUAAGGAGCGCACUGUAGCCCAGAUAAAGACAACAGUGAAGAGGAAACUGUAUGAGGACAGCAGGGUGCCCCUCUCCUCCGACUCCCCCAAAAAGAUCACCAAGAAGACCACAGUCAUCAUGGCAGCCGCACUAGCACCCGUGGCCCCCACUGUCAUCGCAGUGCCCACCUCACAGGUUGUCGUGACUACAGGGCUGCAGAGCCCCUCUAUGCCCACUGCCAUCAAGAAACAGAAAACAGCAGAUGUGACGCUCAGUGCUCUGAAUGACUCUGAUGUGAACAGUGACUUGGUGGACAUUGAGGGACUGGGAGAUAGUUCCAACACCAAGAAGCUCAACUUUGAUCAAGAAAGCCUCAACCUGGACUCCAGCCUAAUCAUGAACUCCAGUGACCUUCCCCUCCUGUCUCGCUGACCUCUAACCCACUGUACCAUUGGGUUGGAAACACUCGGUCCCUAUAUCACCAGAGAGCAGACUACAGUUAGUAUCUUUGUUACAGAGCAUUUUUGGACACAUUUAAGCAGAUGUGUAUUUUUAUGAACAGACCUCUCUCCCCAUCAUGUACUUCUCUAUUCAGUCAUUUCUACUGAGGAACCCUUCUAUUUGGCUGUUUUGCUGCUUUUUUGUAUUGUAACAUUUAUUUGCUCUGCUCAUUUUCAAAGUAGUGUAUUGCAGCUACAUAUGAUCUCCAGAGAGAAAUGGUGUUUCAGUGCAGAUGUCCAUUGUGUAACGUAGAGUGUACAUGUUGUCUACCACUGGUUGAUAUUUAUAAAUGCAAGACACCAGCUAUCCAGCUAUUACUGGUAUUUCAUUUUGUUCACAAUGGUUGUGCAUGACAUGAUUCCUCUUAUGUUGAUGUGUAGUAAAAUGUUAAUAUCU